UCUAUGCUAAACUCUGUGAAGCUAAGGAUUGACAGCGAUGCUCUCGGGACAAGGGAAAACAGCUGAGCAGUGCAACACCGCAGCAAAAUACCCGAUGAGCGUCGAGAAAGUUCGGACAGAGAAACUUCCCGCCCCUCUCGAAGGGUGCCGCGAACCAAAGUGCUACCGCUGUCGUCGCCGUCCCGCUCUUCUGCCUCCCAUCGGCCGAACGCAGGACUGGGGACACGUGGCCAAAUGCCAUCUCCACUCCUCCAUGGUCUUGUCCAAGCUCAACCGCCAUGACGAAGCUCUUAGGUGUCUCGGACAGGUCUUGGCGAUGGUCCAGGAGGGCAAGCUCGACGUCGGGGGGAACUCUCCGCAGAAGCUGUGCCUUGUGGCCAUCUGCUAUCACAACAUGGCUGUCGAGCAGCUGAUCCUGCGCCAUGCCGGAGAGGCCUGCAUGAGCAGCCAGAACGCCCGUCGGCUAGCGCGCCUGUGCCUGUCCUACUCCAACCGCUGGCUCCACUCCUUCGAGGGCACCCACAAGCUCGCGCUCGCUGAGCUCUCCAGGAGCCUGUCCACCACUGGCGGAGACGGGGCGGGUGGAAACGUGGGGCAGCGGAGGGGCAGCGGGGGGUGCGGAGAGGGGGAGAGAGAGCAGAAGGAUAUAUUGCAACGAUUGACGGAAGAACUCUUUUCGUAGCGCAGGUUUCGUCGAGGUGGGGCUUCGCAUCGUCACAGAAAGCUUGGACAGGAUUCGUACAAACGCAGCGUAUGUUAAGAGGACCGGCGAUGCACUGGGCUGCAUAACCGGCGCAUGCCGAAAGAGCGAAGCUACAGGUCUAGACUAGGGCUGAAGGGCUGGAAAAAAUCUGGCCCCAUGCGUCUUAUGGUUCGACACUCUGCAGGGCUCGGACCUUGAUACGGUUCAAGUAGGAGCAUCCACUCUGGGGUAUGGCGAGACAUCCGCACGGACGAACCUUUCUGUUGCCGGUGCUGUCUAGUCUGUGGGCGGGUCGAUGGUGAACAGCUUCUGCUAAGGCGACACAAAUCAAAGGGGGAAAAUACCACCUAAAGCUUAUGAGGGAAGACGGGGUAGGUGUCCACUGUUU